AUGCAAUCUUUAAGGAAACAAAUGCAAGAGAUAAGAGCUCACAACAAGAUGGUUGAUUCACAACUAGCUCAAUUGGCCGAGAGAACUCCUUUCAAUUCACAAUCUACUCAACCCGGACAACCACAACCUAACCCAUCUCACAACCCAAAACCCAAUACGUGCAAGGCGAUCACAUUGAGGUUGGGAACUUCCUAUGAAGGGCCUAAUGAAGAGGAUAGUGAGGAAAAGAAGGGGGAGAGCAGAGUUGAGGCUAGGAACCUUGAUGGACCGGUUCCUUUUCCCGAUUGGGUUGCGGAGAGGAAGUUGAAUGACAAGUUUGAAAAAUUUCUUAGUGUCAUGAAGAAUUUGCAUAUCAACCUCCCUUUUCUUAAAGUUGUGACACAAAUGCCAUCUUACUCCAAGUUCCUCAAAGAUAUUCUCGCCAAAAUGAGAAAGAUCAAUGAUGAGCUUAUCACCCUUCCACAUCAAGUGAGUGCUCUUGUCCAACAUAAGAUGCCCAAGAAGGAAAAAGACCCUGGAAGUUUCACUUUACAGUUCCACUCUCAAGAGGCUAAAGAGUUUGUCAUGGCAAUGGAGGAAUCCUCAAAGGAGGAAGUUGAACAACAAGUUGAGAUCGAGCUUGAGUCCAAGGAGGAGAAAUUGGAGGAGACGGUCGAUUAUGUGACGAAAUGGAUUGCAGCCAUACCCUCACCUACCAAUGAUCACAAGGUUGUGCUUAAGCUUCUAAAGAAGAUCAUUUUUCCUAGGUUUGAAGUUCCGAGGGUGCUAAUUAGUGAUGGAGGCUCCCAUUUCGCCAAAAAGCAAUUUGAAGCUCUUCUCAAGAGGCUCUUAGGAAGGCGUACAAGACUCCAAUCGGCACGACCCCUUAUAGGUUGGUCUAUGGAAAGGCUUUGUCACUUUCCGGUUGAGUUAGAAUACAAGGCUUGGUGGGCCAUCAAAAAGCUCAAUAUGGAUUUAUCGUUAGCCGGUGAGAAGAGAUUGCUUAAGCUCAAUGAACUUGAAGAUCUUAGAGAUGAUGCUUAUGAGAGCUCAAGCUCAAGGCUUCGUUUGUUUCCGGGUAAACUCAAAUCAAAGUGGUCGGGUCCUUUUGUGAUAUCAAAGACUACUCCUUAUGGCUCCUUUGAGUUAGAUGCAGAUGGUAACAAGUUUAUGGUUAAUGGUCAUCGUUUAAAGCAUUACUUUUGCAAGGAAGAAGUUGGUAUCAUUGAAUGUAUAAUGCUUGAUUCUUUGGAUCCCAAGCCUCCCACUUGA